AUGGAUUAAAGAGAUCAAAAUAAUCUCAAUAAUCAAAGCUUUUACAAAUAUCCAAAAUUGUCUAAAUAAUAAACAGAUUAUUUAAGUUUAUUAUGCUCUCCAAAGGAUAGCUACUCAGCAUAUCCAAUCAUUGAAUUUUUAAAUAACAAUCCUAAAAAACAUUUAGAGGCUUUAUAAAGUGCUAUUUCAUCACUAAAUAAAAAUGAUCAAUAUGAACUUUUUUAGAAUACUCUUCCCAAAAUGGCUUAGUAUUCUUUAGAAUUGGUGGAAAAUUCACCAAAAAAAUAAUUAUUAAUAUCUAAAGGAACUAUAUAAUUCACAAGAAAAGAAAUUUAUCAAUUUUUAUCAUUAGCAUUUUUUGGUUUAUUAAUUGCUCAACAUGAUUAAUUUCCUGAUCCUUGUAAUUUAACUUACAUACUUUAAGAUAGUAUUGAAAAGGCUAAAUGUUAUCUUCAUUAUUUUAUAAAUGCAAGAGAAGAAUAAGAAAAUGAACUAGUGACACUUGAAAGAAUUUCUUUCAAUAAAAAUUAUCAUAUUGAUCAUUUCUUUCCAAAUUAAAAAACAAAUUCAAUUUUAGAUUUAGAAUUAUGGUCGAAUUGUAAUAAAAGUCUAAAAAAUAUUGAAUUUUGUGAUUAAUAUAUAGAAGAAUAAGAAAAUAGUUUCUUAGUAGAUUUUGCUAACAAAUAUGUUGGAGGAGGAGUCUUAGAUUAUGGAUGUGUUUAAGAAGAAAUUCUAUUUACAAUAAUGCCUGAAAAUAUAAUAGCAGUAUUAUUUUGUAAAGUCUUAGAAGAUGAUGAAGUAGUGUUAAUAAAGAAUUCUAUUAGAUAUAGUGAUUAUAAGGGAUAUGGUUAUUCUUUUUAAUUUGUAAAAAGAGAACCUAAAAAUUUAAAUUAAAAUAUUUUAGUUUUGGAUGCUUAGGAUUAUAGUUAUGAUUCUUUGAAAUAAUACCAACCAAAUGAGAUAUUAAGAGAGAUUAAUAAAUCCUUCAUAGGAUUUUCAUUAUCAUAAUAAUUAUCUAAUGAAGAAUUCUUGUUACCUAUAUCAACUGGAAAAUGGGGAUGUGGAGUAUUUGAAGGGGAUUGUGAAUUAAAAAUAAUUAUUUAAUUAAUAGCAUUUAGCGCAUCUAUAGCGAAUGAAGAUUAAUAAAGAAAAAUGAUAUUUUCUACAUUUAAAGAUAAGAAAACUAAUUAAUAUUAGAAAGUUCUUGAUGAUAUAAUUAAAAAAUACAAAAGUGUUGGUAAUUUAUUCUAAUAAUUAUUGAAAAUGAGUAAAAAAUAUAGAGUGUUUGAAUUCUUAGUAAAUAAAUAAUGA